AUGCUGUGCAUGCCUCACGAGCUGAUCGUGUGGAAGAUCCUGGUCCGGCUGCCCGCCAAGUCGCUGCUGCGGCUACGGUGCGUCUGCAAGGCCUGGCGCGACAUCAUCUCCGACGCCGACCCCUCCGCCGACCCCUCCUUCUCUCAGGCGCACCUCCGCCGGCUUCACCAGCAAGCUAAGAAACCCUACAACCUGCUCAUCGCACCACGUACAAAAAGCGAAAGCGACAUGGAAGAUCCCCGCAGCACAAGAAGACCCUGGAUCGACAUGAAGGUUACCUGCCCGGGACUGUACCUGUGGGAGGAGAGCCAGAAGGACAUCGCGACCCUCUUAUUCGACAUCUCCUCGUUCCCCGCCGAGGGGGUGGCGACAAGGCACGGGCUCAUGCACUGCGACGGGCUUGUAUUGCUGCCCGCCGAGGAUACCGUGCGUGUGGUCAACCCGGCCACACGCCAAAUCCGUGUGCUGCCUUGGAGCCCGGACAGCGUGGCGCCGCGUCGGUGCCCCGAAGGUGAAGGCCACCAGGCGUUUGGCUUCGGGCGCGACUAUCGCUCCAAUUCCUACAAGGUCGCCCGCUUCUUCCACCGUGAAACGCACGGCAUGGGUGGUCUCGGGAUGGAGGUGUUCACUAUCGGAAAGGACCAGUGCUGGCGUGAGACAGCCGUGCAACCGCCAUACCCUUUCGUAGCCGGACUAAUGGCGACCUUCUUCAAGGGCUCCUUGAUCUGGACGAUCGACCAUUACUCGCCUAUGUAUGAUUACUCGCAUCUGGAUGAUGCUGCACACAUGCCUUGCUUUGUCCGUUUUAACCUUGAAGACGAGUCAUUCAGCGUCAUGACGGGUCCUCCAUGGUACGAAGGGGCCGACUAUCUUGACACCAAUUUUGCCGAGGUGAACGGGAAGCUAGCCAUGCCUCGUCCAGGGCCCAACAGUGAGUUGGUCGAGAUAUGGAUGUGCGAUGAUGUGGAAGGCAACAACCCGCCACAGUGGCAUCAGCGGCAUGUGCUUGAUUGCCCAUUUUCUAUGCGUCUCAUUGCCAACAAGUUCGAGCCAAAUUCCAAGUUUCCUUACCAAGUUCGAGUUAGUUACCUUGCACGUUGA